AAUAAAAUGGGAAUUCUUGGCCUUUCUCGUUUGAUAGCCGAUGUGGCACCGGAAGCAAUCAAAGAAAUCGAAUUGAAAUCAUUAUUUGGUCGUCGUAUUGCUAUCGAUGCAUCGAUGUGUAUCUAUCAAUUUUUAAUUGCCAUACGAAGUAGUGAAUAUACGAUGACCAAUGAACAAGGUGAAACCACAUCACAUUUGGUCGGUUUAUUUUAUCGAACAAUCAAAUUGCUUGAGACUGGAAUCAAACCGGUAUAUGUUUUUGAUGGUAAAGCACCUAAACUUAAAUGUGGUGAAUUAGAAAAACGUGCUGAACGUCGUACUGAAGCUAAAGAUAAAUUGGAAGAAGCAAAAGAAUUACAAAAUGUUGAAGAUAUUGAAAAAUUAAAUAAACGAUUAGUGAAAGUAACUAGAAAACAUACGGAUGAUUGUAAACGUUUGUUGGUAUUGUUGGGCAUACCGAUUGUUCAGGCACCAUCGGAAGCCGAAGCUCAAUGUGCACAAUUAUGUAAAGAAAAUCUUGUAUAUGCUGCUGCUACAGAAGAUAUGGAUGCAUUGACAUUCGGUUGUCCUCGUUUGAUUCGAAAUUUAACAUCCGGACAGAAUGAAAAAGUGAAAGAAUAUCAAAUUAGUAAAGUUCUUGCCGGUUUAGAUGUAACGCAGGAUCAAUUUAUCGAUUUAAGCAUUCUAAUGGGUUGUGAUUAUUGUUCAAAUAUUCGUGGUAUUGGUGGUAAAAAAGGUCUGGAUUUGAUACGAAAAUUUGAUUCGAUUGAAGGUAUUUUGAAAAAUAAAUUCGGCAUUGAAGAAUAUGUUGAUGUAGAAAUUGAAUAUAGUAAUCGAAAAAUUGAACCAAAAAAAGAAGAACAAGAAGAAGAUACCAAUGGUUUAGCAAAGAAAAACGGUGAUCAUCCUGAUGAACCAAUUGUAUCGGAAAUGGACACCACUACUGUCACCGAAAUCAAACAAGAUGAUGAUAUUGAAGGUGAAAAUGUUGAAAUACAUUCUAAUCAUUCUGAUGAUCAAGAUGAUGAUGGCGACGAAAACAUGGAAAAAGAAAAGACACCGGAUAAUUCAACAAAAAAAGUUCAAUCAAAUAAAAGACAACAAAUGGUGGUGCCAGAAAAUUGGCCAUUUCGUGGUGCAAGAAAAUUAUUUCAACAACCAUUUGUACUCGAAAAUGAAAUCACUGAAAAUGAUUUAAAAAUGAAAGAUAUUGAUGAAGAAGGUAUGGUAAAAUUUCUUUGCAUUGAAAAUGGUUUCAGUGAAGAUCGUGUACGAAAAUCAUUGAAACGUGCACGUGAAUCAAAACAAAAAGGUGCACAAACUCGUAUCGAUACAUUUUUCAAAAUGAUGCCAUCCGUAUCAUCAUCAAUUAGUCCGAAUAAAAGACCAUUGGAUGCUAAACAUUCGAAUGGAAAAAAAAAUUCAAACACCAAUAAUAAACGUGGACGUCGUGGUCGAUAAUUUUUUUUAUUUUCAUUUUGCAUAAUUUUCAAAUUUCUAAUUUUUUUUCAAUAAAAGAAAACAAA